GGACAACAUGUUACUGCUAACACUGGUUCUUAUAGCAAUACCGACGAUUUUAUUUCUUAUAAUAAAAUGGAAAAACAACUAUUGGAAGAGAAUAGGUUUGGAUUACAUAGAACCCGUUCUGUUUUAUGGAAACACAAAAGGACUGAUUAAUAGAAGCGAGCCCUUUGCAGAAAUAUUCGAGAAUUUUUACAAACAUUUCAAACAAAGAGGCCAACCGCACGGUGGAAUUUUCGUGGGACCUAGACCAGCCUAUAUUCCUGUAGAUCUCGCAAUCAUCAAAAAUAUUUUACUGAAGGACUUCAGCUAUUUUACAGAUCGAGGAAUAUACAUUCAAGAAGAAAUCGAUCCGCUCGCUGCGCACUUAUUUAACUUGGAUGGAGAGAAAUGGAGAAAUCUUCGCACGAAACUCACACCAGCAUUCACUUCAGGUAAAAUGAAGAUGAUGUUCACUACAAUGACGGCCUGUACAAAAGGCUUAGUAGAAAUUCUUGACGAGCACUUUCUGCUCGAUGAUCCGGUGAAUAUUAAAGACAUCUUGGGUAGAUUUACCACUGACAUCAUUGGAUCUGCUGCUUUUGGAAUUGAUUGCAACAGUUUGAAGAAUCCCGACUCGGAUUUCAGGAUGUACGGCAAGCAAGCUUUCAUUUUACCGAAGAGGUCGAUCAAGAAUUUAUUGGAAAUUUUUAUGUCUCAAAAAUCGCUCGGGAAAUUAGGCGUUAAAUUCAGAAAAACGCCGCAAGAUGUCGAAGAUUUUUUCCUAAACGUUGUAUCUUCUACAGUAGAUUAUCGGGAAACGAACAACAUUUUCCGCAAAGAUGCUCUGCAUCUUUUGCUACAGUUAAAGAACAGAGGUAAAAUAACGGACGAUAAAGAUAUUUUCGAGAAAAAUCUUGAUGAAGGCAACAACAAAUUCUUAACUAUAGAAGAAGUAGCGGCGCAGUGUUUCAUAUUUUUCAUAGCUGGUUUCGAAACAUCGUCAACUACAAUGACCUUCGCUAUUUUGGAAUUAUCACUGCACCAGGAAAUGCAAAACCGGUUGAGAGAGGAAAUACUAACAGUGUUGAAACGACAUAAUAACGAGAUAACAUACGAUGCAAUAAUGGAAAUGAAUUAUCUCGAUAAGGUAAUAAAUGAAACGUUAAGAAAAUAUCCACCGCUAUCUAUCAUUCCUCGGCAAUGUUGUAAAGACUACAAAAUUCCCAACUCGAAUGUAACAAUAGAAAAAGGUACAUUAGUUGUCAUUUCCACCAAAGCAAUACAUUACGAUACUGAUUACUACGAAGAUCCCGAAAGAUUCGACCCGGAAAGGUUUAACGAAGAAAACAAAGCGAAAAGACCACCGAUGACCUUCUUAGCUUUCGGGGAAGGACCACGAUUGUGCAUAGGUGCCAGGUUUGGAUUAUUGCAAGCGAAGGUUGGCCUGGUGGCUAUUCUUAAACAUUUCAAAUGCACUUUAAACAACAAGACUAAACAGCCAUUUGAAUAUGAUAGCUGUGCAACAGUUACUUCAAUUAAAGGAGACGUUUGGAUCAAUGUAUCCAAAUUAAAUGAAAAUUGAUGUAAUAAUAAGCGUGUAAAUGGAUUAUUUGACUAGAGUAUUUAUAUCCAGUAUCUCUUCAUUUAAAUGGAAAUUUUUUUUCUACCAUUUCUAGUCCAUUGCACACUGUAUGGUAUGUUAAUUUCGUUAGGAAUAUGCAUAUGGAACUUACCUAAUUAGUUGUUGUCGGUGAUGAAUAUUAAAAAAC